AUGUCGGACUUCGCGUUAACAGUUUUGGCUACCCUGAAUAAGGGUCCUGUUACUGAUUCUAGGGAAACCUUCCCAGGAAUCGACUCUCAGGUCGUUCAGGGUGCAGUCACUUCUUUGGCUGCUAGAAAUAUGGUUACUUUCAAGCAAAUUGAGAAAGAGCUGUGGGCUCCUACUGCCGAGGGUGAAGACAUUAUCGCCAAUGGGUCACAUGAAAUUCGUCUUUAUGAUGAAGUUAUCAAGUCUUUAGAAGGUUUAAAGAUUGCCGAUGUUGCCAAAGUUCUAGGACCAAGUGGCAAGGUCGGUCAACAACGAGCUUUCAAGAACGGCUGGGUCAAGAAAGACGGCGAUAAAUUAGUCAAGGGAGUUGAUGAAGCCCCUGUCGAUGUCACUAAGGACCAAUUAACCACUAUCAAAAGUACUGGUACUUUAGACGAUGCCAAGGAGCUCAAUGAAUUAAAAAAGCGUAAACUAGUGACCAAGACCAAACUUGUAUCGUAUUCCAUUGAAAAGGGACCUGAGUUUGCACUUGAAAUCAAGAAAUUAGAUACCGACUUGACUAUUGAAAUGCUACAAUCAGGAACUUGGAAGACGUCCGAGUUCAAGCCAUAUAACUUUUCUGCCGAAGGUAUCAACACCAAUGGUGGAGCAUUCCAUCCACUUAACAAGGUGCGUGAAGAAUUCCGACAAAUCUUCUUCUCCAUGGGAUUCACUGAAAUGCCCACUAAUCAGUAUGUUGAGAGUGGAUUCUGGAACUUCGAUACCUUGUAUGUUCCUCAACAACAUCCUGCCAGAGAUUUGCAAGAUACUUUCUACUUGAAAGAUCCUGUCAAGGCCCUUGAGCCUGAAGACAAGACUUACUGGAGUCAUGUUCGUAAAGUUCAUGAGGAAGGUGAGUUUGGUUCGAUUGGUUACAGAUAUCCAUGGAAGCCCGAGGAGGCCACCAAACUUGUUCUACGUACCCACACGACCUCUGUUUCUGCUGCCAUGUUACACAAGUUAGCCAAGAACCCUGGACCUGCCAGAUAUUUCAGUAUUGACAAAGUGUUCCGUAACGAGGCCGUCGAUGCUACCCAUUUAGCCGAGUUCCACCAAGUCGAAGGUGUUAUUGCCGAUUAUAACCUGACUCUUGGCGAUUUGAUUGGAUUCAUGGAACGCUACUUCUCCAAGAUGGGAGUCAACCAGAUCAGAUUCAAGCCUGCAUACAACCCCUACACCGAGCCCAGUAUGGAGAUUUUCGGAUACCACGAGGGACUCGGCAAAUGGGUCGAGGUCGGCAACUCGGGCAUGUUCCGUCCCGAGAUGCUCGAGUCCAUGGGUCUACCCAAAGACCUACGUGUCCACGGAUUCGGUCUCAGUUUAGAGCGUCCCACCAUGAUCAAGUACGCCGUCAGCAACAUCCGUGAGCUGCUCGGUCACAAGGUCAGUCUCGACUUCAUCGAGAACAACCCUGCCGUCAGAUUCGAAGAAGCAUUAGUUUAG